AUGGGACUUGCUUUUGGUGCCCUGUCCCUGGCCCUCAGUCGGCUGGGGAUGAUCGACCGCGUGUUCAAUAGCCACUUGAUCAAACCAGCAGAGACCCAAUCGUCAAACAAACAGGAAGCCGGCAGUAGCGAAAGGACUUCUCAGUCAAUCGAUCAAGAACGAGUUCUCGCCAGCCGGGUGUGCCAGGGCCUUAGUGCUUGGUCGUUUGCAUACGGAUUCUUCCGGUACAUGUCCGUGAGGCAGAAGCUAUUGCGAGGAAGCUUCGUCCCGGCACUUUGGGGUCCAGCUUUAAUGACUGGCGGGUCUAUUGGGUCCCUGUUCAUCAUGCUACAGAAGGACUUUGAGUAA